AUGGUUUUCCUCAGCAGCUGUAACUACUCCACACAAAAGGACAGCAUUGGAGAGGGCAUGUUGUUAGUUGAUGAUGGCUUUGUUGACAGGGUAGAGCGUCUAGACAAGUACACACCGGGAGGCUUUCAUCCCGUUCUAGUUGGCGAUAGGAUACAUAAUCGAUAUGUAGUUAUCGACAAACUAGGUUACGGAGGUUGGUCGACUGUCUGGCUUGUUCACGACUCCCACAAGCAGCGCUAUCUUGCGUUGAAAGUGGGCAUUGCAGACUCUCUGCCACGUGAAGUACUGAUUCUUCGGGCUCUCAGUGCGCAGCCAAAAGCCCAAAACCUAGGAUUUGAUAGCAUACCACAUUUGCUGGACGAGUUCACCGUCAGUGGCCCCAAUGGCUCGCAUCCCUGCUACACUACUGCCCUUGCCCUCUGCAACCUGAGGGAGUGCUCAUCUAGUCGGUUAUUUUAUCUCGACGUUGCCCGUGCUAUGGCCUAUGAGCUGGUUCUCGCCGUCGCUUACGUUCAUUCACAAAACUUCGUUCACGGAGACAUCCAUCUCCGCAACAUACUAGUACACUCACAAAGCAGCAUUGAUAAAGUAUCCAUCCCGCAGUUUCGUAAAGAAUAUGGCGAACCGGAGUCAUACAAAGUUGAGCGCCGUGAUGGCCAACCGCUGACCCCGAAUGUGCCGUCGAUUGUUACAGUACCACUGUACAUGGGAAAGAAGGCUAAAGAGUUUACGUUGCGGGAUGCACGAAUAAUCUUGAGUGACUUUGGAGAGUCAUAUUCGCCAGGCACAGACGUUCGCCUAGGCAAAAACUGCCAUACGCCUGUAGACUUCCGGCCCCCGGAGGCCCAUUUUGAACCGGAUACACCUUUAUCCUUUUCUGCAGACAUCUGGAGCCUCGCGACCGCAAUAUGGGAUAUAGUAGGGAUGCGGGCUCUCUUUAGCAGCGCCUUCUACUCAGAUAAGCAAGUCAUGUGCCAAAUUGUCGAUAUUAUAGGGCCACUUCCUGAUCACUGGUAUGAGAAUUGGAAGGAUCGCGAUGAGUUUUUUGAUCGCGAUGGGCAACCGAAAGAAAGUCGCCAUGUAUGGCCAGAAAUAGGGCAAGCUUUUCGAAACCGGGUCCAGAAAUUUCGCGGAGAGGCCAACAUGGUGGAGCUAUGUGUCGAGGAAGAGGCUGCGUUCUUGGACAUGAUGAAGAGAAUGCUGAAGUACAGACCCGAGGAGCGCUAUACGGUGCAGCAAGUUCUGGAAUGCGACUGGAUGGUAAAAUGGGCACGAAGUGAUUACGAGCGUAGCCGGUUAUCACAAGCAUAG